AUGGCAAGCCCUCCUCUCGCCCUCCCUCAAGAGCGCAGCCGUCUCCUCUGCGCCCUCUCGGCGUCCUCAUCCCCGCAAGCUCUCAAACAAAUCCUCGCUCGCGCCAUAAUCUCCACCCUCUUUGCUGAACCCUUCGUCUCCGCUCGCAUCGUCGCCGCCUUCGCCCCCUCCGAUCUCUCCCUCGCUCAGCUCGCCUUCGACGCCUCACCCCACCGCUCCGCCUUCUCCUUCACUUCAAUGAUCCGAGCCCACUCUGCUGGACCUACUCCCUCCAAAUCCCUCAUCAUUUUCUCUCGCAUGCUGCACUCAGGUCUUUACCCCGACCACUUUACCUUCCCAUUCCUCCUCCGCGCCUCUGCUCGCUCCCUCUCUCCCCCUUCCUUCAUCCACGCCAUUACACUCCACCAUGGUCUCGACGGGGAUACCCACGUUGCCACAUCACUCCUCCACGCCUAUGCUUCCUCCGGGCUUUUUGAGUUUGCUCGCCAGGUGUUUGACGAGAUGCCUCUUAGAACGGAGGUGACUUGGAGCGCCAUUAUCUCUUGCUGCGCGAGGUUGCCGCAGCAGCAGCAGCAGGAUGGGCUGGUUCUUUUCACCCAGAUGAUUUCGGCAGGUGUUCGACCAAAUGCCGAUAUUCUCAUUGUUGCUCUCUCCUGUUGCGCUGGCCUUGGCUUGCUGACCCAAGGGAAGGCUCUUCAUUCCCUUUCCAUCCGGUUCCUCACAAAUUUCUCUGCUGACGUAGUUGCCACGGCAUUAAUUAACAUGUAUGCUCGAUGCGGCAGCCUUAAUCGUGCGCUCAAGGUGUUCAAUGGAAUUCCAACUACAGACUCUUCGACAUGGACGGCGAUAAUUGGUGGUUUAGCGAUGCAUGGAUGCGGGGAGAAAGCGAUUGCUUUGUUCCACAGGAUGGUGGAAGACAAGGAGCGCCAUCUCCAGCCCGAUGUUGUCACAUUCACUGCCGUCCUCCAUGCUUGCAGCCACUCUGGUCUCGUUCAAGCGGGUAUAAGACUCUUCAAUGAGAUGAAGUCAGUGUACGGCAUUGAACCCAGGAUGGAACAUUACGGGGCAAUGGUCGACAUGCUUGGCAGGGCCGGGAGGUUGGAGGAGGCUGAGAGGAUAAUAGAAUCAAUGCCGUUUGAACCUAAUCGGAUUGUGUGGGGAGCUUUGCUUCAUGCUUGUUUGGUUCGCGGGGAGUUGGCUUACGGGGAGAGGUUGGAGAGAAGGUUUAUAGGGUUAGGAUUUGGGAUUGAGAAGGAAGGGGAUGAGGAGUUUGGUGGUGGAUUCUUUGUUGGGCUGUCUAAUGUUUAUGCUGGUGCUUGCAGAUGGGAGGAAGUGGGAAGAGUGAGAGAGCAGAUGGUGGUGAGAGGAGUGAGGAAGGCGAGUGCUUGUAGCUUGUUGGAGGUUGAAGGCAAGGUGCAUAGGUUUUUGUCUCGCGAGUCACACAUUGUGGAUAGUGAUUCAAUUGUUGACAGAUUGUUUAACAUGAUUGUGCACAAUGAAAAUGAAGG